AUGUUCGAUCCUCGUUUACAGUUGAUCAACGGCGGGGGAGGUGGAAAACAUGGAUGCUACCUGGUGCCCCACCAUAAAACUACACUAUUGAUGCCAUUCGAUCUGGGCACAAGGACUUGGACUCGGACUGCUCUCCUCAGAGCCUUGAUCUCUGAACUCACGCACUGGUCGACCCGGCUCUUUGUCCAAAGCCAUGUGUUUGAGUCACCAAAACUCCUCUUCGAUCAAACACCAGCCUGUGCAAUCCUCCAGCGUGAUUCCAGCUCAGUAAAUCCAAUUCCUCUUUCCUUUGUCGACACCACUUUGCAAGUACCAGCAGCAUCGAUUCCGCAUAAAUUCGUCCUGAUGUCACAUUACGCCUCAGAUAUUCCAAAAACAUUUGUCCUUUGCUUCGAUGGUACCGGUAAUAAAUUUUCUGGCGACGAGUCGGACAGCAAUGUACUAAAAAUAUUUCGAAUGCUAGAUAGAAAUCAAGGACAACAAUUCCACUAUUAUCAGCCUGGAAUUGGGACUUAUGUAACGUCAGCGAAAAUCUCAAGUCAUGCAGGCACAUUUUCUCGCAUCAAACGGAGCUGGACAAAGGCAAAAGACGCAGCUAUUGGCUCAUCGUUUGAUCAACAUGUGCUUGCUGGCUACCGAUUUCUGAUGCGGUAUUAUUCUCCGGGCGAUGAAAUAUUCUUCUUCGGAUUUAGCCGUGGGGCGUAUAUAGCUCGCUUUCUGGCCGAGAUGCUGGACUACGUUGGCCUCCUAACGAUUGGAAAUGAAGAGCUCGUCUUUUUUGCGUGGAAAACCUUUUCAAAAUGGCAACAGCGAGCAGGGAUCAGUAAGGCGGAUAUCAAAAAGAGACACGAUCUAUAUAAUUUCAUGAAAGCUUUUCGCGAAACGUUCAGUCGUCCAAUCCAGCGGAUUCGGUUUUUAGGCCUAUUUGACACUGUGAACAGCGUUCCCAAAUUCGAGUCACCAUGGAUGUCGCGGAACAGAUUCCCCUAUACCGCGAGAAGUUCGGCCAAGGUUAUCAGACAUGCAGUUGGCAUUGAUGAAAGACGUGCUAAAUUCCGCCAAGACUUGAUCUCUCAAAACCAUCACCCCCAAGAAUCACAGUGUGGAUAUCACCGAUUUUCGUUCAUCUCACGUAUAUCUUCCCGCAGAAAGAAGAAGCAGGCUUCGAUAACGCUCCGGGAAAAAUCCAAGUCAAGGACAGGCAAGGGUGAAACCGAAGCUUUAGGAAAUGUCAACGCCAAUCUACUUGAAACAGGUUGGACCCAGCCUCAAGAAGAGAACCGUUACCGUCCAUCAUAUCCUCAUCAUUCGAUGCAUAAUCUUAGUCUGUCGGUCCCUGAUAACCGUAAUUUCUCUGCUGAUUGUGCGAGCUCCGCCGAUAGUGUGGCCCAUUUCCCGCCACACUCUUCUCAUAUUACCGAUGACAGAUCCUUCCAAUCGGACCAAACUGUCCAGGAUAUCCAGGAAGUUUGGUUCCCUGGCUGUCAUGCUGAUAUCGGUGGUGGCUGGGGACUCAUGCCAGGAGAGAAAUGGCCACUCAGUCAUGCACCCCUGGUCUGGAUGGUUCACGAAGCUCAACGCGCUGGAUUACUAUUCGAUGAGCGCAAACUCAAACAAUUCGAAUGCACAUUAGAAUUCUCUGGCGAUUACUCACCCAUUGAGAAAUCAUGGAAUAUCGACCAGAAGCAACAACCAAAUCCACCGGAGAUUGUAAUCAAUGGAGUGGAUGAUUCAGCCGUCCAAGAAGUUCCCCAAGACGACCCAGAACAGUCUUCAUUAUCAAGGAGUUUUUAUAAUGCUCUACAAUACUCUGGAACCAAAGGUCACAUCCAUGACUCUCUGGAAUUUACGUCUGGUCUACCAGCCGUAUCAGUAUUAGCAUGGAAAAUGAUGGAGUAUCUUCCCUUUAAAAGGAUGGAUUUACAGCAAGAUGGCUCUUGGGCCCCUAUUCGUUGGCCUCUACCCUGCGGGGAAGUGCGCGACAUUCCGUUGGAUGCAAAGAUCCAUAACUCUGCCAUUCAGCGGUUAAAGGCGGACAAUAACUAUCGUCCUGGUAAUCUUAUUAUUGGCGGCGGCGGUCGUGGAGUCAGGAUAGCUCCAGAGGAUCUGGGCAUUGGGGAGUGGGCUGUUUUAGACCACAAAGGAGAUCCAGUGAGAGAAACGUAUGUGAGGGCUAGUAUAUCAAAAGCCGCGCAGAAGAAGAACGGUAAACAUGGAAACGGGAAACAGGAAAAUGGGACACAAACAAACGGAAACUAG